CCCUCGCCGCUUUCAGCCUUGCAUCUGCUCCCUCUCACUGUAUGACUUGACCAAGCGCAGAAUCACUAAGUCCAUCUUCACCAGGCACAGUAAGAGAUAGCCCUACUUCCGAACAGCCUGACCAUCGCUUUGCUCGCUUAUCCUACCAAGAAUGUCUCCUUUAGGGCGCGAGGUUGUGUUGGAGUCACAGAAGCCCUUACGACGAGCUGGUGGAACCCAUAUAUAGAGAAAUCUAGCCACUCACCUGGGCAUCUAUUGCUACCGUUAUCCACCUCGCUCCGCUAUAGGUUUGGCUCAUAGAUUAAGCAGAAAACCGCUACCACCAUUUAUCUCGCUGCGCUACAGAGACGGCCAUGGCGACCCACAAGUACGAUGAACAUGAUCCUUACAACGAUGGGUAUCACCGUGGCGAUAGAGUCGUACCCUUUCGCGUCUUAUCGCUCGGCAUGUCCAGGACGGCCACGGCGUCGACUCAAAGAGCGCUGGUGAUGCUUGGUUUCUCGAACUGCUACCACGGCUACAGACCUUUGCGUCGACAAAAUGUCCCUCUAGCAAGCAGCGACAUUGCACGCUGGAUGCGAGCCUUUGAGCUGAAAUGGGGUGCACAUCCUGCGAGUGGUCCGUCGAGUCUGAAGCAAGUCUCGAGAAUCUUGCAAGACGUUUUGCGAGGCCGACCAAUCUCCUGGAUCAACGUUCGACCUGGUCCGUCGCGCGGGAAAGCUUUGCUGCGCGAUCGCAAAUUUUGGGAUGAUUUGCUUGGAGAUUGUCAAAGCGCUUGUGAUUUGCCAGUGAUUGCGUUUUGGAGAGAGAUUUGGGAAGCUUAUUCGGAGGAUCCAGAAGUCAAAGUCGUCCUGAACAUCCGACCGAUCGAGAGCUGGUUCAAGAGCGUUCAAGUGCUCGGCAAAAUCUACGAGCCAAGUCUUUCCAAGAAGCUUCUUUGUCUUCUCGAUCCUCUGUUCUGCAUGCAAUUCGAAAUGGGUCGCAGACUUGCCAUCCACGUCUUUGGCUACGACGCGAACUUCAAGACGCUCUUCCGGAAUGAUGGGUCCACCGAAAAAGUCUACGAGGCGAACAAUGCAGAAAUUCGAGCCAUCAUUCCCGAGGACCGACUGCUACUUUGGGCACCUCAAGACGGCUGGCAACCACUCUGCGCCUUCUUGAAUCGGCCUUUGCCCGCUCAAGAUACGCCAGUGCCGCGUGUCAACGAUGCGGCACAAACGCUGCAAUUCGCGCAGGACCUGACUAGAGCUGCCAUCAUCAGAGUCUUGCGCCGCCUGCUCUCCUUUGUGCUCCUCGCUUCGUCGCUUACCCUCACGACCAGACUCUUCAAGACGAGUGCCUGACGUCCAAAAUUUGGCUGGGUCAAAAUCGCCGUAACUUCAUAUCGA